AUGGGCAGGCGUCGUCUGCUGUCAGAAGACACAGAACAGAUUGGGUUGGCAGAUAACUCUAACGAUUCUAAAGUUAUAUCUCAUGCAGAACUGAUUGGAUUUCUCUCUUUCAGAGCAAAAUAAGGACGAAUUAUGAAGUUGACGGUCCUGUUGUUAACGCUUGGGCUCCUGGCAGGAACCCAGGCCAGGUCUCUUUUCAAAGAUGCACCCAAAGCAAAAUGGGAGACGGCCCUCGACAGCUUCUGGCAGACGAUCAGCAAGAUGGAGGAGGCAGCGGAUGAGGCCAAGACACAUAUGAGAGACUCCGGGUUUGGCAAAGGACUGGAUGGCCUUAUCAAAGAUACCAUGGGGGAGAUAAGCAAUUAUGCCGAUGAAUUAAAGAGUAAAGUCGGGCCGAUGGCUCAGGACGCACAACAGAGUUUUACUGAAGAUGUCUCGGCCAUCGCUGACAAGCUCAAGACAGACAUGGAGGAUACAAAGUCUAAGGCUAUUGAGUAUGCAGGGGACCUGCGCUCAAUGUUUGACCAGAACAUAGAAGACAUUCAGGGAAAAGCGAGCACGUACAUGAAGAAGCUGAAGAAACGUCUUGGCAAGGACGGGGAGGAUCUGAAGAAAAAGUUCAGCCAGUAUGGGGAUGAUAUCCGCAAGAACGCGGAAAAAAAAGUAGACAAGCUCCGCAAAAAAGUUGAGCCCUACGUGAAAGACCUGAAGGAGAAAGGCCAGAAGGGCCUUAAGUCCCUGAAGGAUGCCAUGGAUGAGCAAGGAAAAGCCCUCAGAGAUAAAUUUGCGUCGGUGGCUAAAGACGUGCAAAAUAAGGUUAAGAAGAUUGCUAAUGAUGUUAAAAGUAGCAUGGACAAGGUAGCGGACCAGAUGAAAAAAUGGUUCAACCCCUCCGUUGAUAAACUCCGCGACCAGCUGCAAUCUAUGGCCAAGAGCCUGCAGCCCAAGGGUAAGAAGAAGUAAGGUUCUGACAUUCCUCAACAUAACUUCAAGAAACAUCUGCAUUCAAUACCGAGAGCCAACAGCCCAAUGGCAUGGUGCUGGCUCAAUGCAAUAGCUCUUAUUCUUGACUUUAAUGACCUCAGCAUGAAUACAUUUGAGGAACGCGGCAUACCAAUGACCAGAAGAGUGAGGUCAACUCCAUGGCUGUGGCUUGGUCUUCAAGCUCAGGUUACAGAGAAAAGACAUUUCAGCUUUAAGCAUUCUCAUCCUCUCUUAUAUGUUACAAAUAUCUGCAGUAGACAAAUAAGUAAAACAUCUUGCAACUUCUUCUCAAAGGAAACACAGCCUACAAGCUAAGCAAUAAGUACGAGAAGACAGGUCAAGUUCGAACAGCAAAUCUGUCACUCAUAGUUAUCUACCAUCAAGGACAGACACAAAUAUGUGUCCUGCAUGCGGAAGCUUGUGUCUGCACUUUAGCAGCCCACGGGCAAGACGUAACACGGCCCGAGUACUCAAGUUCUUGUAUCUCUGCGAUAGAGUUCAACUUUAAGACAUUGCCCUAAGCUGCAGCUUGGAGCUCUUAUAGAAUGCCGAUAUCGCAACCUAUUAUACAUAAGACUUACAUGUUGUUUUUAUAUAUUUACCUUUGUGUUAAUACAUACAGACUGCCGUCACUGUCUCUCUGCUGUUAAAUAUAUGUUGUUCAAUGCAAUGUUACCUUUUACAAUAAAAUAAACAGACAACGUAUCCUCCAAAA